CCAUAUGUACUUUCAAUGUGUUUUCAGUUGCUCGUAGUUGGAGGUUCCUUUGGCCUGCGAGAGUUUACACAAAUUCGGUAUGAUUCCCAGAAGAUCAAAAAGAGGCUGGAUCCUUCACUGGAGGCCAAAGUGAAUGUCCAGAAGCAGUCAGUCAUACUGGAGGAGGAGUACGAGAAGAUAAAGGAGUUGAAUUUGGACGAGUGGAAGAACAUCCGUGGCCCCCGUCCCUGGGAGGACUCCAAGGAGUACCAGGAGCAGCAGCGCUCCAGGGAAACCAAAAAAGGCUGAAGUCGUCGGAUGCACACACAGACUGCACACACUGCAGCAGAACGGACCGGGCGAGAGUGGAUGGAGUCUGUGGCGAAGGCGCCACUGAGAACCAAUUACCCCAGACGCUGCUACUUGGGGACAUGGAAAUGUAAAUUGGUUUGUAACAAGUUGUGGUCUCUUCUGGUUGUAACACAUUCAGGACUACUGGUGGUUAGGAUUAAGCCACAUGAGGCCAAAACAAUCGAGCUGAAUAACUUGGCUCAAGGUUGGUCUUAAAUUAAAAAGAAGUGUGCAUCGGUUCUUAUCGUUUUAUACACACAAGUAUAAAGCAGUCACCUGUUGGUGGCUUAUUCUCCACUCUGAUGAUCAUGAGUUUGUAAUAAAAAAACAACCAGUAGGUGGCACAUCUGUGUCCUACUUCUCCUUACCUUUCUCACAGAAAGCAAAGAAGGAAAUAUAUAUCAAUGUAUGCAUUUCCAUGUCUCAAUAAAUUAUGUACUAUUGAUCCAAA